CAGAUGCUCUUAUUUUAGCAAUGCUGUUCACCAAAUACCUUGUUCUGUUCUCCAUCGUAUACAAAGCCCAGAACUAUCAGUUACUAUUUGUGGAUGUUGGGGGAAACGCAACAUUUGUGUGCAAUUUUUCAAAAAACAUUACCAACAACGUACAUAACCUUCUUUGGUAUAAAAGAAGACAGAAUGAGCUAUUACUUUUAACUAAUGAUUGUAAGAUUGGUGGAACUGACAGGAAGUUUAACUGCAAGACUGAAGCACAAAAAUUGAUGCUAGAAAUCUUCGACACGAAAGUGGAGGACUCUGGCUUAUAUCUGUGUGCGGACAGAACCCAAAAUUACUUUUCCUUAAACUUUGCCAAAGCACUCUAUUUGAUUGUGGGAGACAGUUAUACCUCAAGCAGCUGGAUGAUGAUUUUAGAACCUCCUGCACAAAAUCCACCUUUCCAGGCAAUGCAGAGUGGCAGCCAGCUGGCUUGUGUGGUCCAUGGAGUUUCCAACUGGGUCGAGAUAUCCUGGGAUACCUCUCAAGUUCUCCAAGACAGACAGACUCAUUUAAUGAAAAACCACAGUGGCUCCUUAACAUUUGUCAGCGUCCUUUAUAUCCCUGAGAACUUUUCUAUCAUUGGGGAGAAAUUCAUCUGCCAAGUCAAAUUCAAUUCAUCUGGCACCCCCAUGAAUCUGAGCACCACAUUGUAUGCAGAAACAAGGACUUCGCAGAGAAAUGAUUGUCAACAUUAUGCAAUACCUUUGGCUGUCAUAGGAAUGCUGGCAUUUCUGCUGCUUAUCCUGACCUGGCUUGGGAUUCGAUGCUGUCCUUCUAGGCUUGGAUACCAACCCAAGGACUCAAUGCCACCAGCUUUAGAGACAUCACAGGAGGACAUUUGCUACUCUCAGCUGGUGUUUCUUUCAAAUAAUGAGGAUGGGAAGAAGAGACAAACAUCUUGAUAGGCGAAUGCAAAGAUCUGAGCAGCCUGUCAAAACCGAUAAGCAGAAACCUGGAUGGACAACAUAAUUUUGCCUUUGGAGGCUGGAAUUAGAAGCCCAGAUCUGGGAUUUUGACAGAAUGUGGCGCUAGGCCUUGAUUUUUCCCUUCUACAAUGUAAAUAAUUCCCUACUUCGUCCAACUGUCAUGUAACGGAAAAUGAGUAUAAAUAUAGUUUUGUAAUAAAGGAAUACUUCAACAUAAGCCACUAGUUUUCUCACCCCCCCCUUUUUUUGGCAAAUGGAGAAGAGUUCUGUAAAUUAUCUGAUGAAAAGGCCUUGAGAAAUUGAAAGCUUGCACUUGUUUGUGAUUUUGAGGUAACUUAAUAAA